AUGGCGCCGCUCUCUGCUGGAUUUAUACUAUUUUGCAUCACUAGUCCUCUCGCAUCCAUUACCAUCCUUGUAAUGUGUAUUUGGAAGGGAUACAGAGAGCGUCGCCAUUGGCCGACUAUGGAAGAGGCUUAUGCCGCCAAACAACUAGCUAUGAAACCACGACUAGUCGAUGUAUGGCAUUCAAAGGCUUCUCCUAAUAACUUGUCACGUUGGAACGAUAUCAAGCCCUUGUCACUUCAAAAGGACCAAGAACAAAGUAAUAUACUUGUCAGCACGUCUCAAUACGCCAAAGAUAUGAUCCUUGAGGUCCAUGUCCAUUCCACAAUAAAGAAUCAUAAGAAAUACAAACGAAUAUUCCAAUGCGACCAGAGGCUUUACCGUGAAGCGAAAACAAUGUGGGGGAGAUUGAACGCGAACUAA